CGGAAGAGGCGGCGCUGCCCGGGGAAGUUCCGGGGCGGCGGGCGGGGAGCGGAGGCGCUGAGGGAGCGAUGCUGGGCCGGGCAGGGCCCGGGCUGCUGCGGCGCGCCCAGCAGCUGAAGCGUUCGGCGUGGCUGGCCCCGGCACCGCAGCGGCUGAACUCCGGCCUGCCCGUCAACAUCGGGGUGCUCUUCGUGCCGCAGCAGGAGGCUUGGGUGGUGGAGAGGAUGGGCAAGUUCCACCGGAUCCUCGAGCCCGGUUUGAAUUUCCUCAUCCCUUUGCUGGAUCGGAUUCGUUACGUGCAGAGUCUCAAAGAAAUUGUCAUUAAUGUCCCAGAGCAGUCAGCUGUCACCCUAGAUAACGUCACGCUGCAGAUUGAUGGAGUGCUCUAUCUGCGGGUCAUGGACCCCUACAAGGCCAGUUACGGGGUGGAGGAUCCUGAAUACGCAGUGACCCAGCUGGCCCAGACCACCAUGAGAUCUGAACUUGGCAAACUCUCCCUCGACAGAGUAUUCCGGGAGCGUGAGUCCCUCAAUGCCAACAUAGUGGAUGCAAUCAACCAAGCCUCAGACUGCUGGGGCAUCCGGUGUCUGCGCUACGAGAUUAAGGACAUCCAUGUGCCCCCCCGGGUGAAGGAAUCCAUGCAGAUGCAGGUGGAGGCAGAGCGACGGAAGCGUGCGACAGUGCUGGAGUCAGAGGGGACGCGAGAAUCUGCUAUCAAUGUGGCUGAGGGGCAGAAGCAGGCCCAGAUCCUGGCGUCGGAAGCCGAGAAGGCUGAGCAAAUCAACAAAGCUGCUGGAGAAGCCAAUGCCAUGCUGGUCAGGGCCAAGGCCAAGGCCGAGGCCAUUCAGCUCCUGGCGGCUGCCUUGGCCCAGCAGCAUGGCAGCGCGGCUGCCUCCCUCUCUGUGGCCGAGCAGUACGUGAGCGCCUUCUCCAAGCUUGCCAAAGACUCCAACACGGUCCUGCUGCCAGCCAACACCGGCGACAUCACCCACAUGGUCGCACAGGCCCUGGGCAUCUACACCACGCUGACCAAGACGCAAGCUGUGAAGACUCAGGAUGAAAUACCUCCAGCCCACGGGGACCCCCAGCCCCCCAGCACGGAGGUGCUGAAGGCAGAGCAGGCGACCUCCAGCUAGCGGGGCCUGGAGGACACUGGACACGCUGACAGCGCAGCACCCGCGAGAGAGGGGACACUCGCUCAGGGCCUGCCGGGCUGCGGAGAGCCCUGUUCUGCUGCCCUCCCCAGUGGGACUCUCUUCUUCUUCCCUUGGCCCUAAUUUUGUAUUUGGAUUUAAUCAUGUAAUAAAUAGUACUGGUGCUGCAGCACA